AACCCUCGCUCUCUCUUCUCUCUCUCUCUCUCACACGUACAUAACCCGAUAUUAUCAGCUAAAUUUCGACCCGCACGUGACGUUCCGAUACGACACGAUACGAACCGAUAUAAGAGAAGUUGGUGUCGCCUGUAUCGGGAGAGCGGUGAUGCCGACUGCGGCCGGACCAGCUUCGCCGUCCGAUCGAGCGUCGGUGAUGAUGCCAAUGCCAGCUCAAUCUCAAGCUCAGGCUCAGGCUCAAGCUCAGCCUCAGCCUCAGGUCCAGCCGACGAUGCUGUCCGAGGCGUUCGCCAAGGACGCGAUCAUCGCGUGGUUUCGGGGUGAGUUUGCGGCGGCUAACGCCAUCAUCGACGUUCUCUGCAACCACCUGGCGCAGCUGACGGCAGCCGCCGCCGGCCGCGGAUCCGAGUACGAAUCGGUGUUCGAGGCGAUCCACCGGCGACGGCUGAACUGGAUCCCAGUCUUGCAGAUGCAGAAGUACCACUCCAUCGCCGACGUGGCGCUGGAACUCCGGCGAGUCGCUGCGAAUAAGGGGAACGCGGUUGGAAAUGGAGAAGGCGCGAAGAAGAACGAAGAAGCUAAGGAAGUGAAGGAGGUGCAUGUCUCGUCGAAUGAGGAAGAGAACGAGACCGGAGAGGAAUCUGGAGAACCUCCGAACGGAAAGUCGAUGGAGAGUAAUGGUGAGGUGGUGAAUGAUCAUUUCGCGCGAGAUGAUGCACCUGAAAGUGAGAUUUCCGAUGCAGGAUCUCAAUCACAACCCACUUUGGAAAACACACAAAUCUGUUCAAACCAUGAAGAUUGUGGGGCACGUUCUGCUCGGAUCAAGUUGACAAAAGGUUUCGUAGCCAAGGAGCCAGUGAAAGGGCAUAUGGUGAAUGUCUUGAAAGGACUGAAGUUGUAUGAGGAUGUAUUCGCUGAAUCAGAACUCUCAAAACUGACUGACUUUGUGAAUGAACUACGAGUUGCUGGUCAGAAUGGAGAACUCUCAGGCGAGACUUUCAUUUUAUUCAACAAGCAGAUGAAGGGAAACAAGAGAGAGCUAAUUCAGCUUGGGAUUCCUAUUUUUGGGCAGAUACGUGAGGAAGAAACAAGUAUACACCAAAAGAGCAAUAUUGAGCCAAUUCCUGCUUUUCUUCAAGGUGUCAUUGAUCAUCUUAUUCUGUGGCAACUGAUACCAGAUUAUAAAAAACCCAACAGCUGCAUCAUAAAUUUCUUUGAUGAGGGGGAAUAUUCACAGCCUUUUCUGAAACCACCUCAUCUGGACCAACCUAUCUCCACUCUGUUGCUUUCUGAGUCAACAAUGGCUUUCGGACGCACUCUUGUGAGUGAUAGUGAUGGGAACUUCAAAGGACCACUCAUGCUUUCAUUGAAGGAAGGAUCUCUCUUGGUUUUGCGAGGAAACAGUGCUGACAUGGCAAGACACGUCAUGUGUCCAUCUCCAAUCAAAAGGGUCAGCAUCACGUUCUUCAGAGUUAGGCCAGAGUCCAACCAAAGUCGGUCACCAACAACUCCUCCCCUGACUACAGCCAUGACUGUAUGGCAGCCAGGCGUCCCAAACCCACAGACAAUGCCUAAUGGAGUAGCGAAUGGCUACGAGACAAUGGAUUUGAUCCCUAAAUGGGGUGUCCUCCGUGCCCCAGUGGUUAUGUUAGCCCCAAUGCGCCCCAUGGUGUUGAGCCCCCGAAGGAUUCCACAUGGCGGUACCGGAGUUUUCUUGCCCUGGACUGUUGGAUCCAGAAAGCCUGCAAAGCAUCUUCCACCGCGUGCCCAGAAGGGGCGGUUUCUUGCGCUGCCUCCGCCGGUUGAAACCCGUGUAGCAGAGCCUACUUCAGAUUCCAGCAUCAGUGUUUGAGGGAAAAGUGGUAUGAAGAUAGAUGCUGCUAGGGCCAAAGCCAUUUGGAUUGGCAUUGUUCUUGCUCUCCUCUUUCUCAACAAGAGCUGCUCUUACUGUACAAACAACGCCUCAGGUGCUCUGAGAGGAAUCUGCCUGCUUUAUUUUUAUAGUUUUUUCUUUCCUUAGCGUGAGUAGCCUUGGACGCCAAUCAUGGCAAUGCUUUAGAAUAGGUGAGCUUUGAGUUUGAGGCUUGUGGAUUAACCGUGAUAGAGGGCGGAAUGAUUUUUGUAUUUUUAGUUUCGUUUCAUAUAUUAUAUGCUAUAUGAUAUUUUCCUUU